GGGGCGCGCGGCGCUCAGCUCACAGUCGAGCGAUGGCCGCGAACGGGACGGCGGCGGCCGCGGAGCCGCGGCUCUGCCACGUGCGGAAGGUGGCCAGCUUCGACGGCUACGGCUUCAACCUGCACGCCGAGAAGGGCAAGCCGGGCCAGUACAUCGGCAAGGUGGACGCGGGCUCGCCGGCCGAGGCGGCGGGGCUGCGGCGCGGCGACCGCAUCCUCGAGGUCAACGGGCACAGCAUCGCGGGCGAGUCGCACAAGCAGGUGGUGGCGCGCAUCAAGCAGCGGCCCGACGACGCCGAGCUGCUGGUGGCGGCGCCCGCGCCCGGCGACCCGCUGCCCGACCUGGACGCGCCGGAGCCCGCCGCGCCGCCCGCGCGCGACGCGUCCGACGCGCCCGAUGCGCCCGACCUGCCCGCCGCGGAGCCCCCGCGCCUCAACCUGCACAUGACGGCGGCCGAGAUGCGCGCGCAGCUCGCCGCCAAGAAGCGAGUCGACCCCAAGAAGGUGCCCAUGGACCUCAAGUCCAAGUUCGACAUCGUGAAGAAACUGUGAUGCGCGAGUGCCGCGGCGAGUGUGUGCGUGCGAGUCGCGCGACUGUCGCGUGGCGCGACUGUCGCGUCGCGAGUCGCGCGGGCGACGGAUGCUACAAUGUGCCUUCCAUUUAUUGCCAUUGAAUGUUGUACAUAGGUACUUUUGCUCGUUGUUAAGGAGUUUAUUGCGAUUUAAUUUUAUUAAUAUUAUACAUAUUUAUAUGAUUCAGGAGCGACGGUCGACAUUAUGAGAUGAGUUUAUCUAAAUGUGUAGUUAGAUUUAUAAACAUACAUAAGUGCAAUUAUUGUUGAGUGAUCAAUAAAAUGUUUAAUUUUA